CAUUGAUGCAUCUGAGAGCUAUAUUACAAAUUGUGGUUGCAAUUUCACUAUUAUUGAGCUAUGCCAAAAUUGAAGCAAGACAAAGCCUAUCUAAGGUUGAAGAUUUGGAAUUGGAGAGGCAAUUGAAGCUUAUAAAUAAGCCAGCUAUCAAGACUAUAAAGAGGAAAUAUGGAGAAAUAUAUGAUUGUGUGGACUUUUACAAACAACCUGCAUUCGAUCAUCCUCUAUUGAAGAAUCACAAUUUUCAUCCCGAGAUGAAACCUACCUUGCCCAAUUUACAAGGAGAUGACACUUCUUCAAACAUUAACAAACCUUUUAACAUAGGGUUAAAAGGCGGAGGUUGUCCUACUGAAACAAUUCCUAUCAAAAGAAUUACUAAAGACGAUCUAAUACGACAAAGACUCUUAUCACAUAUUAGAGGCGCGGAUGAAUCCCCUGAUGGUGAUGAUAUAGAAUCCAGUAUAUUAGAUCGAAACAACUCAAUUGCAACAGUGCAAAUCCCAUACAACUCAACAAACAAAAUAACAGGAGCUGGGGCAAUUAUUAGCUUACAUAAUCCUCAAAAUCUUAGUGGACAUCAAUUUAGUGCUGGUCGUAUUAAGGUUCAAAAUGGGAUCGAAAGCAUACAAGUCGGUUGGAUAGUGAAUCCAUAUGUCUAUGGAGACACUCAUACACGAUUAUACACGUAUUUAAAGACAGAAAAAUUAGCUUGUUUUAAUACUCGAUGUCCUGGAUUUAUUCAUAUAAACACUGCAAUACCUUUAGAUGGAGAUCUUCCUGGCUCUACUUAUGGUGGACCUAUUUAUGAUGUACCAAUGUACAUUGCUCGUGACAUUUCAAAUGGAAAUUGGUGGUUUAAAUUUGGACCAAACUAUACAUCAGUUGGAUUUUGGCCAUCAAAGAUAUUUACAAAGUUAAAUGAAUUUGCAACAAGUGUUGAAUAUGGAGGAAUCGUAUAUAGUCCACCAGGUGUACCAGAACCUUCUAUGGGCGGUGGCUAUUUUCCAGUUGGAGACUUGAAGAAAGAUGGAUAUUUUAAGAAUAGUACCUACUUAACAGAUAAAAAUGAAACUAAAUCUUUAGAUGAUAUUGAAGUGAAAUUAUAUGCAAAUAGUCCAAAUUUGUAUAGAGUCACUGAUUAUCCAAACUCUGGGGUUGAAUCUGGUAAUUUAGUCCUAUAUGGAGGACCAGGUGAACAUAUAUAA